CCGCGCCUACGGCAAUGCUCCACGUGCUACGGCUUCCGCCACCUUCACUGCAACAAGACUCGAUGCAGGAGGUGCGGAGGCCCACAUGCCGAGGAGGACCACCGCGUCCGCUGCCCAGGCUGCAAGGGUCGCCUGGCAUCCGAGCCCUGCGACCACCCACCUCGGUGCUUGAACUGCAAGCAGGCCCACUACGCCGACGACCCUGCCUGC